GCAUUGAACAUGCUUUUGCAGCUGUUAUUUGUGAAUGAGGUUCUGGCACAAUCCUACAAACAUACAACAUAUGUUAGACAGCUGACUUCACACCCAACAGUAAAAACCAGUGUGUUAGCGUCCAUUGAUGCAAAGAGGGUGGAGAAAUGUGGACAAGAAUGUCAUGCUUCUUCGACUUGUUCUUCGUUUUUCUUUAAUGGAACUCACUGUGUGACUUUCGAAGGAUUCUUUCAGUUCAUCGAAAGGGAUAACACUGAGGCAUAUUUUACGAAGUCAACUAGUGUGUUUCAUUUUGACAUAGCCGGUAAACUUCAGUCAGAGUGUACAUCAAAAGGAUAUGUCUACGAUCCCCUAGUCCCUUUGUGUUAUAAAAUUAAUGCUGUAGCUCUAUCAAAGACAAAUGCUUCGAGAUCCUGUCAACAAAGUAAUGGUCAUUUGCUGAGAAUAAAUACAUACAGGAAACAACUUUUGGUAGAAUCAUUGAACUUACAAGCGACAGACUCUGUUUCGAAAUAUCGAAUUGAUGGAGAAAAACAACCCAAUGGUGUCUGGACUUUUUCUGAUGGAAGAGAAAUCCUCACAUUUUACUGGUACCCCAGUGAACCUAAAGAGAAUCAUAAAUCUAUAGGACUGAGGGUGACAUAUAAAGGACAGUGGGAUGAUAUAAGCGAUACUUGGCCCCAUGGAUUUAUUUGCGAACGAGUGUCUUCAAUUUUAUAACUACAAAGACAGUGUUGUUUUGAACAGUCUAUUAUUUUUACGACAAUUCCCAAUAGGAAUACUGUAAACUUAGUUAUUCCCGUUCUUUCUAAAAAAAAAAAUAUUGUUGUUGUUCUUAUCCGUCCAUAGUCUGUAACACUUUCUUCCUCGAGUUCCUCUUACAUUUUCAUAAUCAGCUGCAGCCAACCCAUCUUUUGAUAUAUAAUUACAGAUAAUGUUCUGCAGAUGUUCAAUAAGAUUUCAAAAUAUUCAUUUUUCGCCCUUGUGGCCAAUUGGGGAUCGAAUAAACAACGUUUUUUUCUACAAAAUCUUCUUCCUCAAACUUCACUUACAUUUUAAGCAGUAUCCAAUUUAUCUUUUGGAAUAAAAUGCUAAUGAAGCAGGUGUUCUGUAGGUGUGAAAUAAGGUUUCAAAACUUUGAGUUUCACCUGGUGGUUAAAUUGGGGUCGAAAAAGAUUUUUCUACAAAAUCUUCUGAAAACCCCUUUAACAUUUUACGCAGUGCCCAUUCACCUCUGGGAAUAUGACUGGUGAUGUCCUAAAGAUUUACAAAACGCUACCUUCUUCCUCAAAUCCUGUUACAUUUGAAUAAUUAGUAGUUACCAAUUCCUCUUUUGGAAUAUGAUACGUUGUGUUUUCUUGAUUUGCAAUGCAGUUAUAAAAUUUUCAUUUUCACUCUUGGGGCUAAUUGAGGGUCGAAAAAAAGACAUUGUGUACAAAAUCUCCCUCUCAUACUCCUCAUAUUAACAGUAGGAGCUAAUCCAACUUUAAGAAUAUGACAAGUGGUGUAAUGUAAACGUGCAAGGUUUUAAAUUUUUCAUUUUUAUCCUGGAGACCAAUAUGGGAUUGAAAAACCACAUAUUUCUAUAAAGUCUUCAUCAAACUUCUCAUACAUUUUCAGCAGUACAAUGUUGCCAUCUGAUCUUUUGGGCGAAAAUUACAGGUACAGUGUAGGUUGUGUCCAUGUGAUGUACAAUAAGGUUUCAGAAAUUUCAUUUUCAACAUGGGAUCAAUUGCAUGAAUUUUUACAUGUGUGUGACUAUCAAACUUCGGAGUAUUACAUAUUGUGCUUUUUUACAUGAAAGUUUCUACCAUUGCACUUUCUCAACACAUAAUACAUACAUGUAUAACAUAAAUUACAUAGAUGUCUUUAUUGAUCUACUUAGAGGUCUACGACUAUUUUUGCAAGAUAUGUAAUAUGUUUCACAUAUUUGUUUGAACAAAGCAACUAUCAAAC